AUGGCGGCCGCAAACCCCAGUAUCGUCAUUGUGCCAGGUGCUUGGUGUCCAGCAGGUCUCUAUCAAGACUUCGUUGUCCAUCUCAAUAAUGCAGGGCUCUCGGCCUCCGUUGUCGACCUUCCGACCUGUGAUGUCCAAGACCCAGUAAGCGUCACUGUAGCAACAGAUACCCAAGCGGUUCGCGAUCGAAUCUUGAGUCUGCUCGACACAGAGAACAAAGAUAUCAUCGUCUUAUGUCAUUCCUAUGGUGGUAUCCCUGGUGGAGGAGGAGCCGCUGGGUUGAGCAAGAAUGCUAGGAUCAGAGAGGGAAAAGAGAAUGGCAUAGUCUGCCUUGUCUAUAUGACAGCCUUUAUCGUGCCGGAAGGUCCUUCUCUAUUAGAUGUCAUGGGUGGCAAGCAUGCUCCUUAUGUCUCUGAAAAUCAGGUCAGAUCUCAGUCGUUCCUCCGAAUGCUAUACAGGCUUUGA